AUGCCAUCACGUGCAGAGGACAUUAUGAUUGGCUUCAAAUUAAACUGGAUGAAUCUUCGAGACGCCGACACUGGCGAUGUUCUGUGGGAGGAAAGCAAUGAUCUCUCAAAGCCAGACAAGGAGCACGAAGCCCGUGUUCCGAAAAGCAUUCUGAAGUGUAGAGCUGUCUCGCGGGAAAUCAACUUUACAUCGGUGGAGCCAAUGGAAAAGUUCCGAUUAGAGCAGCGAGUUCUCUUCAAAGGCAGAUGUCUAGAAGAAUGGUUUUUCGAAUUCGGCUACGUCAUCCCAAACUCCACCAAUACAUGGCAAUCGCUCAUCGAGGCUGCUCCAGAGUCGCAGAUGAUGCCGGCAAAUGUUCUCAAUGGCAACGUCAUCAUUGAGACCAAGUUUUUCGACGACGAUGUGCUCGUGAGCACCUCCAAAGUUCGCCUGUUUUACGUCUAG